AUGGCAGACCAAUUAAAGGACCCAUUGCCGACCGUCAUCGAGGACUUUGGCAAUGACGAGCGCAUAUCCUUCUCCAAGCUUGACAACAAGUACCUGGCUGUCCUCGACGACGGCACCGAGCUCGAGUUCGACCCAGCAACGUCUACCUGGGCUGAGGCAGCAGAUGCACCCCUGGAGCCGAUUGAUGACGAUGACGAGACCGCAGCACAACUAGCAGACCUGUCCAGAGCUGGCGCUGGCCCAGGCUACAUCAACGGCGCCGAACCACAACAGACCAACUCCAGGAAACGCAAAGAUUCACCCACGUCAGCAGAAGCCGGAGGUAUGGACGCUGCACAAGGCGGGGGCGGCGACAACAACGGCAACGGCAACGGAAAAGCCCGUCCUGCGAAGAAGGCCAAGCCGGCGCGCGCACCGCCGCCGCCGCGCCAGAACACGGCUGUCUACGUCACAGGGCUGCCGGCCGAUGCGACGGUUGACGAGGUGCACGAGCUGUUCUCGCGCAAGGCAGGCGUGAUCGCCGAGGAGAUUGACAGCGGCCGGCCGCGCAUCAAGAUGUACACGGACGAGAAGGGCAACUUCAAGGGCGACGCACUCGUCGUCUUCUUCAAGCCGCAGAGCGUCGAGAUGGCCAUUAUGCUGCUGGACGACACGGAGUUCCGCUUCGCUCCCGGCACGGGCGAGACGCCGAGGAUGCGCGUCCAGGCUGCAGACUCGAGCUACAAGAAGGUCAAAUACGACGAGAACGGGGCAGACGGGGCCAGCGGGACAGGGGGUAACGGUGGUGAUAAUGGGGAGGGAGCGUCAGCCCAGCCGAAGAGGGAACGGAACGACAGAGACCGGCAAAAGAUCAUCCGCAAGACGCAGAAGAUGGCCGCGAAGCUCGCGGACUGGAGCGACGACGACACGGCUGCGAUACCCACGGAGACCAACUCCAAGUGGGACAAGACGGUGAUACUCAAGCACAUGUUUACGCUGGCGGAGCUCGAGGAGGACCCGGCGGCGCUGCUGGAGAUCAAGGAGGACAUCCGCGAGGAGUGCGCCAAGCUGGGAAAUGUCACCAACGUGGUGCUGUACGACGAGGAGCCGGACGGCGUGGUGUCCGUCAAGUUCUCCCAGCCGCAGUCCGCGCAGGCGUGUAUCCAGCUCAUGAACGGGCGCAGCUUUGACGGACGGGUCGUGGAGGCGUCCGUAGCGACGGGGCGGGAGCGGUUCAGGAAGUCGAAGCAGGGGCAGGCGAGCGACAGCGAGUGA